AAACCAUAUAGUUUUGAGAUGGCGACCUCGGGAAAAGUUUCGGAGUCUUCGGAAAAGACCAGCAAAAAGACCCAAAAUGAAGCAGGAUCAUCAAGCCUAUUUGCGAUGUACACAUAUCAUGCCAACAGACCAAAUAACAACCAGGACCUCGGUCCAGAUGGAGAUAGAGAUCCGAGGAAAACUUCUGUGCCUGAUUUUCUCCAGCGGGAGGCAACUUCUAACAGAGAUUUCAGUCUAUCGGUGAUAGCGACAGAUUUGAAUGCUGAGGAUGAGACAGACCUGAGAGAGUUCAUAGCAAGACGACUAUCAAGGGGGACGGUCUAUGGUGGAUCGGGAAACGUUAACACAGUCGACAUUGGGAGUCGUGUGAUGGCAUGCUACUACUGCUUGCUUCGUCAGGGUGGAACCCAACCGGGUAUUGAGAGAGAGAUUGAGAGUGCCAUGGAUUCUAACUCGUUCUACACCUCUCAGGAAUGCGUCAUCUGCUUCCUCAGCACACCUACCAGUGCACUAGAACUAUUCCGACCUGAAUUAGAUUUGAUUAGCGAGGGAGUACUACCACUUCUUGAACAAAAGGGAGGUGAUUCCGCUGAGAUUCAGAAUCAUUUAGAAGACUGGUACACCCAAGCAUCAGGUUACGUAUGUCGCUGUGUGGAAACACUCAAAGAAGACGUAGCUUAUCUUAUCAAUGCUGCAUUGCUUGAGAUCCGAAUGGAAGUAGUAGGUACUGAGACUGCAGUGAAGCAAGAUGUAGAAAGGUUCAUGAAAGCGUGUAGCCUAUCGGACCUCUUACAGUCAUCGCAAGAGAGCUCAUCACAGGUCCCUUCCGAUCCUAUCCUCAUCGACAUUGAUGAAGCAGGCAACGCACAAGCCAACGUCAGAUCGCCGUCCAGGGGACCAUCGAAGAGUCGGCUGGUCUUUGAGGGUGAUUCGUACCGUUUUGAAAAUGCAGAGAAAUCCUGGUUUUGUGAGGAGUGGUCGAGCACAAUGUUGAAAGGAGGCGAGACCCUCAACCCGGCAUUCCUUCGUCAGGUUAUAGAAGACUACAAGCUGCACACCAUACAAGACCUGAAUACUCUCAAGAGACUCAUCCGACAAGCAGAGACAGACCACUACGCCCUCUAUAGAGCGUACGCUUUCCUGCGAGACUGUGGCUGUGGGGCCAUUUUAUUACGUCACAUCUGGAAGGAUGAGAACACGAUAUCGGCCAAGGACACCCAGAAUGUCCUCAAUGUUUUGGAGGAAUUCAUCUCAGAGACCGACAGCUCCAAUCUUGCCGCUUGAACGACCGGUGCUCAUGUACAAAUGCAUCAGUAUUUAUUUACUUUUAAUGUAAAAAGAGUACUUACGAAUGUUGUCAUUUAUCCUUUUAGACCAAUCCAUCCGGGUGGUAUUGUUUCGCCAGUCCCAUGACAUUUUCUCCGGCGACAAAUGCUCCGCUGUAAAAUCCACAUACCUGUGGAAUGACUAACUUUUUCCCUGGACUUAACAUUACACCCUACCCUCAAGCUUACCCUGACUUAAAGGACAAGUCCACCCCAACAAAAACUUGAUUUGAAUAAAAAGAGAAAAAUUCAACAAGCAUAACACUGAAAAUUUCAUCAAAAUCAGAUGUAAAAUAAGAAAGUUAUGACAUUUUGAAGUUUCGCUUCAUUUCACAAAACAGUUAUAUGCACAUCUCGGUCGGUAUGCAAAUGAGGGAACUGAUGACAUCACUCACUCACUAUUUCUUUUGUAUUUUAUUAUAUGAAAUAUGAAAUAUUUUGAUUUUCUCGUCAUUGUCAUGUGAAAUGAAGUUUCAUUCCUCCCUGAACACGUGGAAUUCCAUCAUUUUAACAUUUUGUGCUUCAGGCAAGGAGGUCCUAAUCAUCAAAUAGGUAAAAAUUGAAAUAUUGUAUAAUUAAAACAAUAAAAAACAAAAGAAAUAGUGAGUGAGUGACAUCAUCGACUCUCUCAUUUGGAUGUAACUGGCUCGUUCAUAUAACUAUUUUGUUAAUAAUAAGCGAAACUUUGAAAUGUCAUAACUAUCUUAUUUUACAUCCGAUUUUGAUGAAAUUUUCAGCAUUGUGCUUGUCUGAUUUUUCUCUAUUGAUACAAAUCAACAUUUUUCUGAGGUGGACUUGACCUUUAAACCCCUAUUGCAGUCCUUACUCUGCAUCUUUCAUAGAUGAAAUAAAGCCUGAAGCAGUUGUCGCAGGAGCAAAUGCUUUGUCACCGUUUUGCCACACAAAUUUGCAAGAAUGCGCCCACCACGGAUUGGAUGUGAUAAUAUUGAUAGUAGCUGGGUCUAUAUAGUGCUUUUUGACAGAGGAUAUAAAGCGCAGCUAUUAUUUCCCCCGGCUUUAGCUUGAGCUUUCACUGUAUCUAGUGCUCAGUGCAUUCAAGGGAUUUAUCCCACCGGGUACCCAUUCACCUCACCUGGGUCUAGUGCAGCACAAUGAGGAUUAACUCUUUGUUUGCUAGGCUAUGAAGCCCUCUGUGCCGAAUUAUUUUUAGGGAGGGAAACAAUGCAUUGUUUGUUUGAGCGUGAAAUGCGAAGUUCGUGCGGCACCGAGUGUGCAUUGAUGCAAGGUACGCUUUGAAAGGGUUAGUGUCAAGACUUUCCAUUAGGGCAGGGGUGACUUCUGAUAAAAAGCUGUAUGAAACUUUAAAUUCUAAUAUUUAUUUAUUUUUGGAGGGGGGAGGGCAUUCUGACAUAAUAUGGAUAUUUCUUUUAAUAGAAAUAGUUUUAGGGGAAAGUGCUUCCGGAAAUGGCUUUGUUCUUUGACCUAUUAUUGUUAGAAAUGUUUUGCCCCUCCUGUUAGACCCCUUUAUGGGGGGAGAUGAAAUACAGCCCAAUUGUUUCACAUGGCUUAAUGCACUUCUUUUAAUCACCUUGGGAAAUAUUGAAAAUUAGAAUUUAUUUUAUUUCUCUUAAUUUGUGAAUCAGGAAUCAUGUAUCCCUGGGCCCCGUCUUACAAAGAGUUGCGAUUGAAUUGAUCAACCACAACUAUGGACGGCCAGCAACGUCAACAUCUUGAAUGCAUGUGUUUUCCAAGUGAUUUUUAGUUAUGAUGUAUAACUCAUAAAUUCAUUGUUUUCUGGAUAGUUUGGUGUGUUUCCUUUGUUUACAAAGGACGUUGUGCAAAUUUCCUAAAGAAAAAAAUAUGACUUUGAUGGAUUUCCAUAUACUUGAGGUUGAUCGGAUCGGUCGUAACUCUUUGUAAGACGGGGCCCAUAAUCUUGUAUCUCUCUAUACUGGACUUGGUCUAUAACAUGAUCUAUAGAUGGUUUUUUUCUUGGGAGGAGAGACCUGCUGGUCACAGUUCUGUGUGCGCGCCCUUCUAGGCGACCCAGAUUGGCUGGCUCCUCGAAAAAUGCGCCUUUGAAUGUCUUUGACAGAUAUAUGGCGCUAUACAAAUGCUGUGCCUCAUCAUCAUCAUCACAAUCACCACCAUCACUAUCACCAUCAUCACCAUCAUCACCAUCAUCAUCAUUAUCACCAUCAUCAUUAUCAUCAUCAUCCUCAUCAUCAUCAUCAACAUCAUCAUCAUCACCAUCAUCAUCACCACCAUCAUCACCACCAUCAUCACCACCAUCAUCAUCUUCUUCAUAAAUUCACAUGUUACCAGAGCUGCCAUUUGUUACUCUUCUGGAAGCAUUUUGUAACAUCAAAACACAAACCGUGUAAAUUUUACAUUUCUAUCGCAGGAAAAUUAAAAAUUACAAUUUUUUUCUUCAAAAACCUUCCUUAAUACUCAUCUGAUUACUGCAAUGCUGCAUGCAGCCUUAGUUUCCCUUUUAAAUCAUGGAAGCAAAAUCUAUACUUUUAUUUUUUUUCAGUUGUGUCGCAGUUAGUUGCCAAGUUCUUUUUAUGAUUAUUGUAAAUAAUUUUACAAGUCCAUAUAUUGAUAUAUUUAUGUACAAUUAUAUAUGUAUGAUAAACUCUAAGUUAUAGUAUCCUUUUUUAUCUUAUUUGAAAUAUGUAUGUUUGAAGGUACAUUCAAAUCUGUGUUAGCAGCCACUUGCCUUUAGUGGAAGAAGAUUGUGUGUAUUAGAAAAUGACUAGGAACAUAACAUAUCAGUAACCUUUCUGUAAUGGCCACAUUUCUUGUUUCCUAUGGACGGUCACCAUAAACAGCUUUCAAGUUUAAAAAUUCAUAUUUCAGUGAGACAAAAAAAAAUUCUGCUUUGUUUUUUUAAGACCAAUUCAUAAAUUUCCAUUCAAAUUGUUUGCAUUCUCCGUUUUAGGUUGUUCUCUUCAAACUUGUACCAAUGUGAUAUCUUGGUUGACAAAUUUAAUUUACUUCAUGUAUCAUGAGUUUCCCAUUAGGAAAAUGAAAGAAAGAAAAAAAAAAUAGUUUCAAAUUUUCCAUUGAUUGGAACUUACUUGAUACUUGAUAACUUGUAUUUCAUAUCUUGCCAUCAUUACGAAAAUACACCGUUUGGGGUUUCACCGCUGUUGGGGUCGCAAACUGCGGUAAUAGACCCCAUUUUUCGUUUGAAACUCUCAUUUCUCAUUUGAACAUUUCCAAGCCCCGAUAAACCCAUCUUGGCCAGGUAAUCCCCGUUGUCUCAAUUUCAUCUCCACUGGCCAGUAAAGCCAAGGACGAAAUGAUAAACAACAGCUGUGCUAUUACGUAAGACUUCUCUGCCUGAAGAAGGAACUUCGGAAUUAAAUUAUUGUCUUCGAUAUUUAAUCACGUUUUCAAAGGCAUAUUGUAUUCAGACAUCCAAUAUUAGUCCUUUUUCAAUUUCGAACGAAGAAAAUCGACCUCGAAAUAAGGAAAAUAAGCGAAUAAAAAUUAGGUUAUGCUUUGCAUGCAGGGACUGCCCUUAAAGCGCUGCGCACACGAUGCAUUCACCGCGUGUAUACACGGAACUCCAUAGCAGGCUCUUAGACACGUUGCAAUCCAUCGUGUGUGACCCCCUGCUGUGCUGGGCUGUCGCGUUAUCUUCAGACCGAGGUCAAGAAACAGGUGUUUUGAUACUUAAAUUUCUUGCUUGGGGGCAGUUCGGGAUUAUAGUGGUUGGAGAAGAGAAUUGGUGAAAACGAUCUGGGGUAUAGCCUUCUCAAACGGAGGUAUUUCGUCAUGAUAAUCAUGAAUGUUAAGCAUCAAACUCCGCAAGAGAUGCAUAGCAUUUCUUUUUAGUCCACAUGACUUCUGCAUUCAAGAUGUCCUUGUCCAUGUAUUCUUCCUUCCUCUAGUGUGACAUUUGCGCGUUUGUCACUGCUUUGACUAAUUUGAAGACUGAAUAAGUUGAAUAAAGAAGAGAGUGGAGCGAGUCUUUUAUCUUCUUGGCCCAUUGUUUUUGUUUCUUGUCAACAUGUCAUGAUUAUGGUAGCGACAGUGGGCUGCUAAAAGCUUAUUUGUUAAAAUUUUAUAGUUUGAGGCAGCUCAAAAUAAGCUCUAUUUAUAAGUCACGAUAUACAUGACAACCUUAAAAUUAGGAAUCUUGUUCUGAAGACAAUAUGGGGUUGCCACUGCAUAUUUUUUCAUAAUUCUAACAAAAAUCUGAGCUGUUCUAGAAAAAUUGUAAGUAUUAUGAGAUGCAAGAUUUUCAGAGCCCGCCGACCAACUGUAUCAUGGAUUGUCGUUGCAUGUGUCCAUGUACGCCUUUGCUCAGGUAAGAUUGGCACUUAGUUCUGGACCCUGUUGCAUAAAAGUAUUAGAGUAACUAACUUUGCCAUCUAAUGGUAACUUGAUGUUGAUUGGCUGAUUAGCAUUGUUACUAUGGUAGUUACGAUUAGAUGGCAAAGUUACCAUUACAGUAACUUUUAUGCUACACGGCCCCGGAAUCCAAUUUCUAUUUGAAUUAGGUUGUUAAAGAGGAUGUUAUCAUUUUUUUUUUAUUCCUUACAAAGAGGCAUCAAUCUUUCCUUUUUAUCAGUAUUGGAAAAUGAAGUGAUGAAAUGCAGUAUACACAAACAUGCAUGAGUAUGAAAUUUAUCUUUAUGCCAAAAAUAUUUUCAAAGGGUCCAAGCAUGUCAUGAGCUCAAUGUAUUGUGUUUCUUUUUCAAUUCAUUCGCAGUAUUAGAUAUUUAAAGUUACACUUGAAACGAGGAGGAGAGAAAGAACAUUUAAAAAAGAUAAAUAUAUUUUCAAGUAUUUUGAUACAUGAUGUCAUGUACCUUCUUUUAUUUAAAUUUCAGGUUAUUUUUUGGUCAGUGUUACCAUAAAUAAUUUUGUUAAACAAUGUAAAUAGACAUGGACAAUAACUAAAAUGUGCAAUUUACAUAGUGAUUUAGUGGAGUGUGUGUAAUCCAUUUCCAAUGUAUUUAAUGCAUUAAAUUUUAUGUCCUAUAAAAACAA